AUGGAGAACUUCUAUCUGAAGAAUAUUUCCAGAUACCGUCAACUCAUUCAUGCACUAGACCCUUGCCCGAAGCCACGAGUAUCCGAAGGAUCGCCAAGUUCAACUAUGAUCGUCAGUGUCAGAAUUAGGCCUCUUGCUGAGGAUGAGGUAUUCCCCUCAGCAAUCUUCCCUCGUUCAAGUCAGAAAAGCGUGGUAGACAUCCAUGACCUGUACAACCAUCCAAGUGGCAUUCCGAGAUUGCAGAGUACCGACUACCAAGUAGAUCGGCUUUUCGACUCCGAUUCGACGACCGAGCAGAUCUACGAAGAUCUUGUCGCAGAUCUGAUACCUUUCGCUUGGAAUGGCGGGAUCGGAACCCUGUUUGCGUACGGCCAAACAGGAUCGGGAAAGACCUUCACAGUGAGCAGGCUAGAGGAGCUCGUGGUAGAGACACUCACGAGUAGAACUCUGAGUGGGAAAGAGGACGUCUACGUGACCAUUAUCGAUCUUGCUGGCAACGCUGCUUUCGAUCUUCUGAACGAGCGAAAACCCGUAUCUCUACUGGAUGAUGCCGAUGGUGUCACGCAACUGAAAGGUGCUGAGGAACAUGCGGUACUCAAUGUAGAGGACGUGAGGGCUCUGCUCGAGCGAGCAAGUUCCUUCCGACAGACGGCGUCGACUCUCAAGAACCCCGCUUCUUCACGAUCACAUUUUAUCUGUCGUAUUCGGAUUCGCAAUAUCAGCAGCGGUUCGGACGGUCUGCUGUAUCUGAUCGACCUCGCAGGAUCGGAAGGUGCUCGCGAUAUCGUGGCUCACGGAGCAGACCGCAUGCGCGAGACGCGACAGAUCAACAUAAGUCUCUCAGUAUUGAAGGACUGUAUUCGUGGGAAAUCUCAAGCGGAUGCUGCGGCCUCGUCGGGCAAUGGCAAUGCGGGCCAGAAAUUGCCACAUGUGCCCUUCAGGCAGAGUGCGAUCACGAGAGUUCUGAAACAUGUGUUUGACCCAGCGAGCACUCGACCUUGCAAGACAGUCGUUAUAGCUUGCGUCAAUCCAAGCCUUGCCGACGUUGGGCCGAGCAAGAACACUUUGCGAUUCGCGGAGAUGUUGCGUGUGCAAGUCCCGGCGCCGGAUGAGAUUGAUGACGCCCCCACAGCUAUGCACUGGACCAAUGCACAGUUGAGAAGCUGGAUCAAGCAGAACUGUGGCUCACCUCCAAUCCUGGACAGUGUUGUUGCUCCGCGCGAGACAGGAGCUCAAAUGUUCAAACUCUCACGGACGGAGAUCGAGUAUCGAUGCCAGAAGUGUCCGGGUGUGAGGUCGGAGCAAGCGAAAGCCUUUCGUUCUAAAUUGUGGAAGAUGUACAUCAGUCAUUAGAUAUUGAGCAGGACAGGCGGAAGAAGCGUAGAGUGGGGGAGACUUUCCAAAUGUGCUAUAGUAUCGGAAAUGUAAGACAAUCAUCACGUCUCAAACGCUCCGAAACACCCUAAUACAUGGUAACCUAUUUUGGGGCACGUCACAUUAUGACAAGAGAUGGGAACACCGGGAGCUCUGUGGACACUCCAUGUCACCGAGCAGCUACAAAGAAUAGAUCUCAACCAAUGCAUGUCUGGAAAUUUGUUUGCUUCAAG